AUGUUAUUCCUCUGGGACGUUGUUGGGCUGGCGCUAACCUCUCUCAGCAUGUUCCAAGCAGGCCGCUUUAUUUGCGGACUUGGCAUUGGUAUCCUCGUAACCGUCUGCCCUAUGUACCUGUCCGAAAUGGCAAGUGCCUUGCGUCGCGGCUGGCUGGUCGGUCACCACGCCAUUUUCCUGGUCUUUGGAUACAUGCUGUCCGCAUGGGUUGGAUAUGCCUGCUACUAUGCCACAGGGUCCCUGUCCGAUUUCGGUUGGAGGUUCCCGCUGGCUCUGCAGUGUCUCCCCGCGUUGGCGCUGCUUCUGGGUUCACCUUGGCUCCCGCGCUCACCUCGUUGGCUAAUCUCGAAGGGCAAGUUGGAUGAGGCGCAGCAUGUUCUUGAACGACUUCGUGAAUCCCCCGAUGACCCUGACAACUUGGUCGCCAAGGAGGAGUUCUUCCAGACCAAGGAGCAAAUUGCACUUGAGGCAGAGAGAUUGGCUACUCAUGGCAGUGUAUGGAAGGCUAUCUUCAUGAAGAAGUCAUACCGAAAGCGAAUGGCUAUCGGUUUCCUUACCCAGUGGGGUGCUGAAUUUGGCGGACCUUUGAUCAUCAACAACUAUGCGGUGCUUCUGUACACCAACCUGGGCAUGGAGGGUGGUAUGCCUCUGCUCUUGAGUGCCGUCUGGUUGACAACAGCUGGUCUGAUUUACAACCCACUGGGCGCCUGGCUUCAUGAUAAAGUCAACUCUCGGCGUGGCAUGUAUAUGACCGGCUUUGUGGGAAUCGUUGUGUCUACGUCCUGUCUGGCGGCCAUGACUGCCGAGUACGCUGGAACGACUAACAAGGUCGGGAAUGGAUUCGGCAUAUUCUUCAUGUACUUGUAUCUGGCCUGUCAAGGUACCUUCUGUGACACCACGAUGUAUCUUUAUGUCUCGGAGAUCUUCCCGACCGAGAUCCGUCCGAUUGGAAUGGGCUUCUCCCUCUUCGGCCAAUUUGCUGCCACCUUGAUCCUCCUACAAACCGCUCCCAUGGGUUUCGGCAACGUUGGCUGGAAGUACUAUCUUGUCAUUAUUUGCUGGUCUGCAUUCUUCAUUCCAGUUAUCUACUUUUUCUUCCCCGAGACUGCCGGUCUCACCUUGGAGGAAAUUGCCCAGAACUUCGGCGAGGAGGUUGCCAUUCAACUUACUGGCGCCACGGACGAAGAAAAAGCUCGUGUUGACCGCCAGCUCGUCACGGGCGAGAAUGCUCCAUCGGCGAUAAGCUCAGAAGAGACUGAGCCGUCGUCACCGGUUGAGGCCGGGAAGAACGAGCCCAAGGCAGAAUAA